CCUCAAGAGUGCCCGCAUCAACCAGCAAGAAACGGGAGCGAAACCUGAAGAAAAAGGGCAGUAUUUAUAUGAGACUCGCCUUUCUUCUUCCUUUCCAAAUUAGUGUUCUUUGCUCAUGGUUUGGGAUGAUUCUUACUCUCUAGCACUUAAGAGAAGGCGGUUUACCUACAACCACAUCAACUCCAUGGCUGACGAAUCAGCUAAGGCCAAGCUCCUGGGUGCGAAAGAAAAAUUUGGGCGAGAGAUCCGAGUGUUUGAAACAUUGCCACCGUCUUCAUCAAGUGAUGAAUUGCCCAACACUGGAGGAGAGACAGAUGACUUUUAUGAGUUUACAGCAGAAGACUACUACCGAGUAUUAGCAAGCCGAAAGGAUGAGAAAUAUUUAAAAACAAGGAAAAUCAGAGAGGCAGAAGAGGCAGCUCGCAAGUCAAGGAUAACAAAGGUUAGUGUACGGGUUCGCUUUCCUGACAAUCACACAUUAGAGGCAACUUUCCAUCCAUCCGAAACAAUGCAGGCCUUGGUUGAUCUUCUUAGCAAAGUAGUUGCUCAACCAGAACUACCAUUUUAUAUUUAUACCGCGCCUCCCAAGAAACAGAUAAAAGAUUUGACACAGGAUUUUUAUUCUGCUGGCUUUGUUCCUGGUGCAAUUGUUUACUUUUCGUACGAUCAACCUGAAGGCGAGGCAGUUGGUUGGGUGGCUUACCUUAAUGAGGAGGCCAUGUCUUUGAAAGGUAUCGAAAUCGCGAGCGAAGAAGACGAGCCUGUAUUGGCUGUUGCGGAGCCUGAAACAGCACCCCCUCCCCCUGUGUCUGACCCUGUUGUCAAGGAAACCAAGCCUACUAAUAAGAAAGUUGUCAAACCCAAGUGGCUGAAAAUGUAAAGACUGCUGCUGCUGCUGCGUGGUGAAAACUGCUCAUGAGUAAACUAGAUUUUGUGUUCGUUGUGUUUGAACUUGUUAGUACCCUCUUAUUUUUAUGUUUAAUGGUGAUCAUAGAUUCUCUUCAACCUUCAUUUUCUUUUCUUUUCUUGGUUCUAUGCUUUUAUGUUGCAAAUGUUUCAUAUAGACAAACAAAUAUUUUAAAUCUUACGAGAUAUUUGUGUGGAUC